AGGAGCUCCAGGGACUUCAGGACACCCGGCUGUCAGGCUAACGCUUCACCAAGUGUUUCAGUUUUGCCAGCGCCCGUGCGGAGGCUGCAUACCUCACCCAGCGAGCACGCUUCUUCGGAGACAACGAGGGUCUGGACGAUUACAUGGAAGCACGGGAAGGGAUGCAUCUAAAGAACGUGGAUUUCAAGGAGCAUAUUCUGGCGUUCCCAGACCCGACCCGGCAACCGUGGUAUUCCCGACACCGGGUCUUCUGGCUAGCCUCAGCGUUCCUCUUCUCCUGGCCCAUCCGGGUCGUGUCGGAGUACUGCACGGCCCAUGUACACUACCACGUGGAGAAACUGUUCGGAGAGGAGACGAUCCGUGAGGACGGAGUGACGGAGAACGGAGGAACGACAGGCGAGAGGAGUGKCAACGGCGGGUCGAGCUACAGAGCRAUAUCGCGGGUGAACACGGUGGAUAUGACGGAGCUGGAGUGGCACAUUCGCUGUAAUCAACAAAUGGUUCCUUCAUAUUCCGAAGCUCUUCUCAUGGACUUGGAGAGAGAGAGUAAUGGAGGAGUUAGUGGAACAGGAGGAACUAACACCACCUCCUCCACACCUGGAGCUCCAGGCUCCAUCCAGGGAGGCUUUCCAGUCAGCAUGACCCGCCCAGUGGCUUUCUCCACGGCUUACCUCCUCCAGAGCUGUCCCCGGUGCCGGAGUACCACGUCAAGCUCAAGCCUGCCCUCCAGGCUAAGGGCCCCGACGGGGAAUCAAGCCCUGCUGAACGGCACUGUGGCUGGGAUGAGGGCGAAUGGCGUAGGGGGUGGGGGUCAGGGUGGUGGCAGGUUAGUGUUGAGUCGUAGUGGGUUUUCUCUAGGGACACGGCCGAGACCAGCAAGUCUAUUUCACUCUCGUAGUAUGGGGGGAGGACUGGGAGGAGGACGGGGGGAAGACGGAGGAGGAGGGUUUCUGGGGUUAGGGUCCUGGCAGGGUCAGGAUGAUGAGGAAAGUAGAGGAGAGGGAGGAGGAGAGGUGGAUGAGGGGGUGAGGGAUAGGCCUCCGUCUUACCACGAUGCAUUUUUCUUCCCGGUGUUGAUCGUACACGGAGAGGAGAGCUGCCACGGUGGAGAUGACGUGAUGGACACAAUAGUAAACUAA